CAAGGAGUACUCGCAGAAUCCUUGAACAGCAGCAAGCUCCACGUGAUAUACAUAUUCGGCAGAUGAUUUACGGGUUAGAGACAUGCUGUGACCUUUCUUUCCCAACUGCAAACAGAUUAAACAGAGCUGAUUAACUGAGACUAAAAACACUGGGUUAUUUUCUCUUUUGAGGGUCUUUGACAAAUCCUCCCCCCAACCCUCCCACUUCAUUCACUUGCAAAUCGUCCUGCCCAAAGGGGUCUGCACAGCCCAUCCUAAACCUGGAGCCCUGCAGCGCCAUCAGCUGCAAUAUCUUCUUAUAUGAGCAACGUUUCUUAUUAAUCAGAAACGCGGAAUGGAAGCCAAUCAGAGAGUUCCUUUGCUUUCAGAUUCCUGCCUGUCUGAGUUAAAAGUGGUGCUGAAAGAGAGGCACAGUGAGAUGCAUGAAGAUUCCGCUGGGAAGACACUAUGAAAAGGGAAGAGAAGGAAUGAGGCAGAAGCAACAGCAGAAUCGAAUCGCCUGCUGAGCGAGGCUAACUCAGUUCCAUUGCUUAACAAGAUUUAUACAUUGAAAUUUUCUUACUUCUGAAGUUGAAGAUAAUGAGGAUGUACCAUUGUCUCCCACUUGUCAUCUGGACUUGCAUGCUGCAUACCGUUGACAACAGCCCAUUACAAGCAAAAGAUAACAGUCACUUACUGAAAACCAUAGUGAAUCUGACAAAAGAUGAUGGGAAAAUGCUCCAUCGCACCAAGCGUGGCUGGAUGUGGAAUCAGUUCUUCUUGUUAGAAGAGUACACAGGUACAGACACUCAGUAUGUAGGAAAGCUCCACACUGACCAAGAUAAAGGAGAUGGAAAUUUAAAAUACAUCUUGACAGGAGAUGGUGCUGGCAAUCUGUUCGUUAUAGAUGAAAAUACAGGAGACAUUCAUGCUGCAAAGAAAUUAGACAGAGAAGAAAAAUCCCUGUACAUUCUCCGUGCCAAGGCUAUCGACAGAAAGACUGGGCGGCAAGUAGAGCCAGAAUCUGAAUUCAUCAUUAAAAUUCAUGAUAUCAAUGACAAUGAGCCAAAAUUCACAAAAGACUUGUACACAGCCAGUGUUCCUGAAAUGUCUGGAGUUGGUACCUCUGUCAUACAAGUGACUGCCACUGAUGCAGACGAUGCCAACUAUGGGAACAGUGCCAAAGUGGUCUACAGCAUACUGCAAGGGCAGCCAUAUUUUUCAGUGGACCCAGAGUCAGGCAUAAUAAAAACUGCAUUACCAGACAUGAGCAGAGAAAACAGAGAGCAGUAUCAGGUGGUUAUUCAGGCGAAGGACAUGGGCGGCCAAAUGGGAGGCCUUUCUGGAACAACCACAGUGAACAUCACCCUCACUGACGUCAACAACAACCCUCCUCGGUUUCCACAGAGUACUUACCAAUUUAAUUCUCUUGAGUCUGCACCCCUUGGAACUCAUCUUGGAAGGAUAAAAGCCAAUGACCCUGACACCGGGGAGAAUGCUGAGCUGGAAUACAGCAUUUCAGAAGGAGAAGGAUCGGACAUGUUUGAAGUGAUUACCGACAAAGACACACAGGAAGGGAUCAUAACUGUCAAACAGAAUUUAGAUUUUGAAAAGAAAAUGUUAUACACUUUAAGAGUGGAUGCAAGCAAUACACAUCCAGAUCCUCGAUUCUUACAUCUUGGGCCUUUCAAAGACACAGCCAUGGUUAAGAUAUCUGUGGAAGAUGUAGAUGAGCCCCCUGUGUUCAGCAAGCGCUCUUACUUGAUGGAGGUGGAUGAAGAUGUGAAGGAGGGAAGCAUCAUUGGACAAGUCACUGCAUAUGACCCAGAUGUUAUGAACAACAUAAUAAAAUACUCUGUUGACCGGCAUACUGAUAUGGACCGGGUUUUCAGUAUUCACUCAGAAAAUGGCUCUAUCUUCACUCUGAAGCCCCUGGACAGGGAAUCAUCCCCUUGGCACAACAUCACAAUUACAGCCACAGAGAUAAUUUUUGUUUCAGAUAACCCAAAACAAAGUAGCCAAAUUCCUGUCUUCAUCAGAAUUCUUGAUAUAAAUGAUCACGCUCCGGAAUUUGCCAUGUACUAUGAAACAUUUGUUUGUGAAAAUGCAAAAUCUGGGCAGCUAAUUCAAACAAUUAGUGUCAUGGACAAAGAUGACCCUCCCAGAGGACACAAGUUCUUCUUUGAGCCAGUGCCAGAAUUUCCUCUCAACCCAAAUUUCACCAUUGUAGACAAUAAAGAUAAUACAGCAGGAAUCAUAACUCGAAAAGAUGGGUACAGCCGCACCAAAAUGAACACCUACCUACUGCCAGUUUUAAUCUUUGACAAUGAUUACCCUAUUCAAAGCAGCACUGGCACGCUCACGAUCCGUGUGUGUGCAUGUGAUAACCAAGGGAACAUGCAGUCCUGCAAUGCAGAGGCCCUGAUGCUUGCUGCAGGCCUGAGCACAGGAGCUCUCAUCGCAAUUUUACUUUGUGUCAUCAUCCUGCUCAGUAAGCUAUGUAUCUCUCAAUCAUCCCCUCCCGAAGGUCUUCUCCAUUGCCAGGCAUUGUCUCUAAUCGUGUUGUUUGCUGCAUUGAAGAGGCAACGAAAAAAGGAGCCUCUAAUCAUUUCAAAGGAUGAUGUCCGGGACAAUAUUGUGACCUAUAAUGAUGAAGGUGGUGGAGAGGAAGACACCCAGGCUUUUGACAUUGGCACUUUAAGAAACCCGGAAGCAAGAGAAGACAGUAAACUUAGAAGAGAUGUCAUGCCUGAUACUAUUUUUCAGAUAAGAAGGACUGUACCCCUUUGGGAAAAUAUUGAUGUACAAGAUUUUAUCCACCGGAGAUUAAAAGAAAAUGACUCAGAUCCAAGUGCACCUCCCUACGACUCCCUGGCCACUUAUGCCUAUGAAGGGAAUGAUUCCGUAGCCAAUUCGCUCAGCUCCUUAGAGUCUCUCACAGCUGAUUGUAACCAAGAUUAUGAUUACCUUAGCGACUGGGGGCCUCGGUUCAAAAAACUCGCAGAUAUGUAUGGAGGUGAUGACAGUGACAGGGAAUGAGUCCUGUAUGACUUGAUCAACGUUAGUGGAAAUACUCUUUGAUACCAGAUUGAGUGGCCUGUACUAUCCUUUUUCUGGAGGAAGUUUUUAAAAAUCAACUCCAAACAAUACAUAAGUGUUGUCUUAGUAAGGAUUUGCUUAAUCAGUAAGUUUCCGUGAAUGAGUAUGAAUGACAUAGAUUUUAAAACAGUAAUAACAACCUUUCACCCUCUUUGCCUAAUGAGCUUGGAAAAAUAUAUCACAUCAAUAGUCAAUAAAAAUUCUUGAAAGGCUUUUUGUGCCUUGUCUUAGUUUAGGAAAUUUAUAAAUGCUUUCUUAACUGAUUGUCAGUCACAUAUAUUAUGAAAUUAAACAUUGUGCAACUGCUUUGUAAAUUAAUAUGAAAGAAAAUGUACCUAAUUAAAUUAGGAGUGACUAUUACUGCCAUAUUUAUUUAGUUGAAAGAUGUCUUUGUGUUAAUUCACUCAUAUUUUUAUAAGUGUAUAUUUAUAUUUUUGUAUUUUUAUGAAAUAAACUAAUAUUUAUAAAAAUCAAUUUCAUUUCACUUAAUUCCUUGGAGCAGUUCAUCUCAAAACAGAAGUGUUUUAUCUCUCUGAGUGUAAAACACGAUUUACUCAGGGAAAAGCAGUUUAGAAGUCAGUGCAGAAGACACCCAUGUAAACUGAGAUAGCUCCAGGGAUGAACUGUGCUAUGAAAUGUUCUUCCUCUGUUUUGAUUGUUUAAGUGUGGACAAAUGUUUAUUGAACUACUAAUGUCUACUCAUAGACUAUGGAUAUCGAUUUGGGAUAUACAUUAUUAUUAUACAUAUAUAUAUAUGGUUGUGGACAAUAAACUACGUUUUUGCAA